AUGAGCGUUGAAGAAGGCACCCAUACUCUCCCUGACGGGGUUGAGCUGUACACUAAGACAUGGAAGAUGGAACACCUCGGGCAGUCAUGGCUUUUGUUCAUGGAUUCAGUGACCACUGCAAUGCUUACUACGAGCUAUUCCCAACCCUCGCAUCUUCCGGCAUCGAGGUUCGCGCAUUCGACCAACGGUGAGCAUAAGCAAUCUCCAGACACUAUCACCCUCACCUUUGAUCCCCCGAAUCACUAUGAUACCUUCCAACUAUCCAUCAAAACCAAAAUACUAACAUGUCAAAUCCAGAGGCUGGGGCCGCACCUUCAAACGCCCUCGAGACCGCGGCAACAGCGGCGGCACCACCCUCGUCCUCUCCGACAUCCACUCUUUCCUCCUCAGUCUAACCGCCCAUUCAAACACCCCCUCAUCCUAAUGGGCCACAGCAUGGGCGGCGGCGAAGUCCUAACCUACCUCCUCCACCCGGACUCCCCCUACAACCAAUCCCCACCCACAACCCGGCCCCAACUCGCCGGCGUAAUGGCCUACUCCCCUCUCAUCGCCCUGGACCCAGCAACCCGGCCAAUGGCUCUAACCGUCAUCCUGGGACGACUAGUCGCCCGCAUCCUACCGCGCUGGCAGCGGUAUUCACCGCUAGACCCGAAACUGGUGUGUCGGGACGAGACGGUUGUCGCGGAUUACAAGGCUGACGAGUUGUGUCAUGAUACCGGGACGUUGGAGCAGUUGGCGGGGAUGUUGGAUCGGGGAUUGUGGUUGGAGAAGUUGGAGGGUGGGGAUUUGGGGGAUGUGAAGCUUUUGCCUUUGUGGUUUGGGCAUGGCGAUGAGGAUCGGGUUACCAGCUGGGCGGCGACGAAGAAGUUGGCGGGUGUUUUGGGGGAGAAGGGGGAUGUUAGUUUUGUUUCUUACGAGGGGGCCUAUCAUCGGGUCCAUAUGGAUCCUGGUGAUGUGAGGGAACGGUUUGUGAAGGAUGUUACGGAUUGGGUGUUGAAGAGAGCUCCCGUUGGCGAGAGUGGUGAGAGUGCUACUGCGGAAUGA